CGCACUGUACUGUCUCAUAUCCCCAAAGAAGAUAGAGCCACUGAAAUGAAAGAACUGGAUUUGGACAGGGACAAACUCCCUACAGAAAGAGCCCUAGGAUUGUUAUGGUGUGUAGAAAGUGACACAUUUAAGUUUAACAUCUCUGUCAAAGAUAAGCCACACACCAGAAGAAACAUUCUGUCAAUGGUCAGUUCUAUCUAUGACCCGCUGGGUUUCCUGUCUCCUCUAACUCUGCCUGCUAAGUUGCUUCUUCAGGAUCUUUGCAGAAACAAGUGCAGCUGGGACCAUGAAGUACCACAGGCUGCAUCAGAGAAGUGGAGGAAAUGGCUAACUGGUCUUGACAAGCUGGAGAACUUCAGAGUGGCACGCUGUGUGAAGCCAGAUGGAAUCGGAAUGUCCACACAGGCUGAACUCCAUCACUUCUCAGACGCUAGAGACCACGCGUAUGGAACAGUAAGCUAUCUAAGACUGACAGAGGGAAAACACACUGUGCAUGUAGCUUUCAUGCUUGGCAAGGCCAGAGUAGCACCUUUGAAGCAGACGACAAUACCACGCCUGGAACUUGUGGCGGCUGUCUUAGCUGUUGGAGUAGACAGAAUGCUCAGGAAAGAACUAGACAUUACACUCAACAGCUCAACUUUCUGGACAGACAGUCAGACAGUGUUAAAGUACAUUGCCAAUGAACACACAAGAUUUCGCACAUUCGUAGCCAAUAGAAUCUCUGUCAUUAGAGAGAACACUGAUGUCACACAGUGGAAAUUCAUUGGAACAAAGCUGAAUCCAGCAGAUUUAGCAUCUCGAGGAAUGAGUGCAGACACAUUCAUCAAAUGCAGUAAGUGGACCCACGGACCAGAGUUCCUGUGGAAAUCAGAAGAUGAGUGGCCACAGAACCCAUUAGAAGCCAUGCCACUCUCACAGGAUGACCUUGAGGUCAAGAGAUGCACAGCAGUGUACAGCGCUGUGAUCAAGACACAGAACAAUCCAACAUGGCAGUUGCUUGAAUACUUUUCAAGUUGGAAUAAGUUAAAAAGAGCUGUCGUGUGGUACUUGAAAUUGAGAAACCUUCUGCUUGCUCUUAGUGUGAAUAGAAAGAUGCAUUGGAAAGUGUCUCCACAAUCACAGACAAGAAGCCAGAGCAAAAUGCUGGACAGCAAGAGAAAAGCCGGCAAGAACGAACCUGGCAGCCAAUGUAUUUCCCUGGAGGACCUGAUGAGGGCGGAGAAAGCAAUUAUAAGGUUCUGUCAACAUCAAAGCUAUCCAGAGGAAAUGGCAAAGCUGGAAAAGACGAAAUUUGUUGGAAAAGGACUAAGGCGGAACAGCACCAUCUACAAGCUGGAUCCUGUAUUGGAGGACGGAGUCUUGAGAGUAGGAGGAAGACUCAGCAAGGCCGCAAUGCCUGAGGAGGCUAAGCGUCCCAUAAUCCUGCCCAAACACAUUCAUGUCUCCACACUAAUACUUCGACACAUACAUGAGCAGCUUGGACAUGGCGGGAGAAACCAUGUUCUCUCACAACUCCGAAAAAGAUUUUGGAUUGUUAAUGCCAACUCCGCGGCUCGCAAAGUCAUAUCCAAGUGUGUUGUGUGCAGAUGUGUCCGAGGAAGGAUUGGAGAACAGAAGAUGGCAGACCUGCCGAAAGAAAGACUCGAAGCUGACCUUCCACCUUUCAGCAAUGUAGGUGUUGAUUACUUUGGGCCUUUUGAAACAAAAAGAGGUAGAAGCCUAGUCAAGCGCUAUGGUGUCAUUUUUACUUGUAUGUCAAGUAGAGCAGUACAUUUGGAGAUGGCACACUCCUUAGACACAGACUCUUGCAUUCACGCUCUGAGGCGGUUCAUAAGCAGAAGAGGUCAGGUGACAUGUAUCCGCUCUGACAACGGAACCAACCUCGUAGGAGCUAAAAGAGAAUUACAAGAUGCCAUCUCAAACUGGAACAAAGAAAAGAUUCAGAACACAAUGCUCCAGAAAGGUAUUCAGUGGACCUUCAAUCCACCAGCAGCCUCACAUCAUGGUGGGGUGUGGGAGAGGCUAAUCCGUAUGGUCAGGCAGACUCUCAACUCCAUUGCUCAUGAACAACCACUUGAUGACGAAGGUUUGCAAACACUUUUCUGUGAGGUGGAAAGCAUUCUGAACAGUCGCCCUAUCAGCACAGUCCAUGAAGAUGAUUCUGAUCUUGAGGCACUAACACCUAAUCAUAUUCUUCUUCUCAAGUGCCAUCCUGCUUUUCCCCCUGGACUGUUUCAGAAGUCAGACACAUACAUCAGACGGCGCUGGAAACAAGUUCAGUUUCUUGCCGAUCUCUUUUGGAAGAGAUGGACGAAGGAAUACCUUCCCCUGUUACAAGAAAGACAAAAAUGGACUACAGUCAAGAAAGGAUUUCAGGUAGAAGACAUUGUGAUGGUGGUGGACAGCACAGCCCCUCGUGGGUCCUGGAACCUUGGAAGAAUAAUAGAAGUCCAACCAGAUUCCAGAGGUUUGGUGAGGACAGUGAAAAUUAUCACGAAGACUGGUGUGUUCGUGAGGCCAGUAACCAAGCUCUGUCUGCUUCUCGAAGGAGCAGAAAAGAUGACCAAAGUCACCAGCCAGAGAUGAGUAAUACCCACUCAUGAUAUGAUUGAGUUAAUGAUUUAAGAAUAACAGUAAACUACAAUGAAUGUAGGCUCCUUUAUGAUUUUGAAUGUUGUAAUAGUUGCCCAUGCACACUAUUAGGGGCCGGUGUGUAGGAGCCAUUUAGGAGUAUUUGGAUUUGUACUGAAUUAUCCCAAAUUAGGAAGUUGUGAUUGGUUCUGAGUGUGUGCCCCCUAUAGGUCAGACAUUGAUUGGCGUUGGGAUAAGGGUGUGCCAGGCCAAGGAGAGUGGAGAGUUCCGGCGGCCUGCGCAUAUCAUUAUUGACCGUGACCAG